AUGUCUCAACGACGGAUUCGCGGUACACGUGAUACCGCUAAGGAUAUUAUUCUUGGUCUCGCACCAUCUGGGCAGGGACCCAAACAACCCAAAGAAGGGGUAGUUGUACCAAAGAUUCGUUCGAGUUCUUAUGACGUACCAGCAAGUCGUCGGGUAACACGAAAGCAAACCAACAAUGAGAAGCCGCCUCGAACCGCGGAUGAUGCGAUCAUACAACGCCUUCAAAACCAAUUGGCUCAAAUUCAGCAAGAAAAUCGCGAAUUGGUUUCGGCUGAAAAAGCUGCUCGAAUAAGAUUGGAAGCAAAUCAGGAUGCGUUGCAAAGAAGAGUCCUAAACACGGAGUCAUCGGGAGUACAAAUUCGAGAUCUUGAUGAUGUUCGAAGGCAGAUAAAUAGUAUUGAUGGCAAACUGUUAAUGAUGAACAACGACAUCAAUGGGAUUCGAGGAGCUAUGGAUCGACAGGUGUCGGAUUUGAUGCAUAUUAACAAUGAAAUGAAAAGUAGACCUGUUGUUGAUCCAUCGAAAAUUUCAAAUGCCACGUCUCAAUUGGACAUGAAAAUGAGAGAUUUGCAUAACCAAGUGAUGGAAUUGCAAAAGAAUUUAAAUAGAGAGCAAAGGGAUCGUGAGAAGGACGCAAAACUGGCAAGUGACGGAAUUUCAAAGCUCCAAGAUAUUAUCAGGCAACAAGAUUUGUCGAGACAGGAUAUAUUGAACAGUUUGUCGAAAAAGGGCGAUGUUGACAAAGAAAAAUUAAACGAGGAGACUAGAAGAUUGAACGAUAAAAUAAAUCUCAUCACAACUGAAGUUACUCGAAAAACUGGUGAAAAUCAGCAAAGAAUGAAGGAUGAGCUAGCUGGAAGGAUUCAAGUCCUCGAAAAUAUGAUUCGGGCACAAACGGAAAGAAUUAUUGAAAAUGACAAGGAUAUGCGGCAAAAAUACGAAUCUCGGUUGAAUGAGCAAAGCGAGCAGCUGCAAGCAUUGAUGAAACAGCUAACUACGGAGAAAGCAAAGCAGAAGGAGCGAUUUCAGAAGGUGAAUGAAGCAUUGGCCGCUUUGGAGCAUCAUUUGGAGCUGGGAAAUAGUAAAAUCGACAAACUAAUGAGUUCUGAAAUUCAAGCCCGGAAACUCCAUGAAAAAGGCUUGCUAGCAAAAAUGACUGAUAUUGAGAAUCGUCUCAACAACUAUAUUGGUGGAAUGAACAAAUCAAUCGAAGAUAUGCAAAAUGGGAAGAGUAAUGUUCAAAUGCCCGCACUGGAUACUGAUGCGCUUCGACGAGAGAUGGAAGCGAUUUCAGCCGACAAGAACAAACUAAGUAUGGAAGGUUUGUUGAAGUUGGAGGAAAAAAUGAGCAGAGUGCAGCAAGGGUUCUAUCACGAUCGUCGUGAGAUAAACCAAAGAUUGACAGAUUUGGGUGAUGGUGAGCAUGUUAACAAAAUUAGAGCACAGCUUAAUAAGAUGGAUGCUCUUCAAGAGGAUAUGGAAAAAGCGCAAGAGCGAAUUCGAGAUAAAGUUGAACGCCAAAUUCCGCAGGAUUUGAACGAAUUAUCAGCAAAGGUUGACAAUGUAAAACAUCAAUUGAAUACGAGAGUUGACAAUGAGGAAGAGGAACGAUAUUUGGCUAUCAAAGAACUGCAAGAAGCGUUCUCCCAGUUGCAACAAACGCAAGUAUCGGCGAUAGGCGGCAAACCGAGUGUAGACAACCAGAUGAAGCGUGAUGUUGAUGAAUGUAAAAUUGCCAUCAAAAAGCUUGCGGAAUCAGUAACAACUGUCAAAAAUGUUCUAGACAAGAAAAUAACUGACGAGACAAAGCGGAGAGAAGAUGAUGUUGCCAGCUUACGUCGACAAAUGAAUUGA